AUGUUCAACUCCCACGAUACCGCAGCGUACAGUGGCCGAGAAACGAUGGCACCAAGCCUGGGAAUCACUGGAGAAGGAAGACAAAGACGAAAUCAAACUAGACCCCAUUCGAACGGGUUAUUUGGACAUUCUCUAAGACAUCCACAAUCUUUCCACAAAGAGUGGGAAUUGUGCAUAGAAAAAGCUUGGAAAUACAAAAAGAAGAAUGGCACAACUGUGAUUUUCCGAGAUCUCUUCGAAAAGAUCCUUAUCUGGGCAGCGGUACGAUUGCUUCUUACGAUUGCAGUCGAAGAUAGCCAGUCGCUUGGGAUUUUGAUCGAGGGGUUGGAACAAAUCCCAAAGUUGAUCGCUCAGUGCAAGGUGCUCGAAGAUCUGUACUCACAAUCUGCUGGUCAUGACACGGGCUUUGAUGGAGCCUUGCUGGAACUUUAUGUGGCGAUUUUGACAUUUAAAUCACAUGCAAUUCAAAUAUAUCGAAAAAGCACCCCAAACCGUCUAAUCUCGGCAAUCAAAUUGCCCUCGAAUAAAUUACAAGAUGGCCUUAAAAUGGUAUGGGUCAAACAUCAACGAGUUGCAGAUUGUACCAGGUUGAUUGACGCUCAAUACAUUCGUCAAUUCGAAGAUAUUCUUCGACAAUUUGAACAACCAAUCGUAAGAAGCGCAACAAUUUUGCAGGACUACCAAGAUUCUUUAGAACUUCAAGAGCGCGAGACGUUGUUAAAAUGGCUCUCAACAAUACCGUACCGAAAGCAUCACAAACUAAAGCGGAGCGAGCGCCUUGAAGGCUCCUGCGAAUGGCUUCUAAAUUCGGCAGACUACAUCCAGUGGAAGGAUUCAAGUGCGUCGUCUAUACUAUGGCUCAAUGGAAUAGCCGGUUGCGGGAAAAGCGUCUUGACAUCCGCGGUGAUCGAAAGUCUUUGUCAGGAGUCUUCCAGCAUGGGGACUGCGGCUCCAGUCGCAUAUUUCUAUUGUUCUCGUAACACUGCAGAGCCCGAGAGAGCCAACCCCGAAGAAGUUCUACGUAGUAUUUUAGAGCAAGUAUCAUCAAAUACCGCUAAUCUUCCAAUCAGAAAGCCUGUUGUUGAGAUUUUCAAGAAUUUGAUAAAAGAGAACCGAGGAAUCUCUCCUCCACAGGAGCUCUUGAAUUCGAAUGAGACUACUGAAGUGCUUCUUAAGAUACUUCAAGUAGAUCCUUUCUAUGUGGUGAUAGAUGCACUAGAUGAAUGCGACCCUAGUAAGAGAUACAGCCUUAUUGAAUCUUUGAAAACCAUCAUUGAUGAAUCUGCCAGUGUUGUCAAGGUUUUCAUUUCGAGCAGGAGAGACAAUGACAUAGUCAGUCAACUUGACGAUUCACCAUGCAUCUCAAUUCAAUCUAGCCACAUUUCCAAAGAUAUUGAGGAUUAUGUCAAAAAGGAAGUUUCCGAGGCAAUUGAAAAGAAAAGGAUAGUUAAAGGAAAACUUCUACCCGAAGAAAAGAAGAAAAUAGAGCAACAAAUAACUCAAGCUCUUAUCGAUGGAUCUCAAGGAAUGUUUAGAUGGGUGACCUUGCAGAUACAGCAAUUGUGUAAGCAGGUUAGGGUCAAAGGAGAUAUUGAUAGUGUUCUCAGAAAGCUCCCGAAAUCGCUUGAAGAAUCUCAUCAUCUUGUUUAUCAAGAUAUUAUGAACAUGGAAGAGCCAAGUCAGAAAGCCGCCAUCAGGACAUUACAGGUGUUAUUAAGCACGAGGCGGAAACUCAGUCAGAUUGAGAUGCUCGCUGCAGUCACUGUUGAUAUUGACACAAACGAUGUCCUGGUCUCUACAGUUGAUGAGUUACUAGACGUUUGUUGCAACUUGAUAAUCUUUGAUGAGGAAGAACGGAUUCUACGCUUUGCACAUCUUUCGGUCCGAGAAUUUCUGGAAAAAUGCGCCCCAAGAGAUUAUUUCAGCAUCCAAUCCAGAGAAUUAUUCAUGAUGAAUCGAUGUCUCUACAUUUUUUUGCGUAAUCGCAUUGCCAUCACUUCCAAAGAGCAGGCACACGAAAUUGUUCGACAACGUGAAUAUUUUCAAUAUUACGCAGUGAAGUACUGGCCUGAACAUUGUAAAUUAGGGCAGCCAGAUGUGGUAACUAGCGAGUUUUUGAAAAAAUUUAUCGGUAAUGAUCUAGAUAUGGGCCAUAGUGCAUCAUACGAACAGUGGAUUGAAACCACCAGAGUUACAGAGCGGCGCCGAGAUUUCUGUAAAAUCAAAAGCUACGAAUUUGACCCCACAAACCCUCCACAUAUCCAAGACAUAUCUUGUAUAUACGGAUUGAUGGCAAUUAUCAUGACUUUGUUGCCAUACAAAAAUAUUGAUUGGAAUGCAUCUAUGACCGAUUCUGUUGGGAAAAUAUAUUACCCAUUGGUGUAUGCAGCUAAGGAGGGGUAUUUCAUGAUCGUUAGACAAUUUCUUAGCAGAUAUAGUGACUACUAUGCGAAAGGCAGUCCCGGGCACGAGAUUAUCUGCAUGAGCCUUGGUGAAGCUAUCGAGGCCUCACACAUUGAAGUUGCGAAGACUCUACUUGACUAUUUCAUGAUAGAUGUCAACGAUUCGCUCACAAAAGAACUGAAACAUCGAUACAAAAGUCACAGUCUUCUUGGUAUAGCUGUUCAGAAAGAUCGCGAAGAAAUGGUCAAGUUUCUACUUCAUCAUGGAGCCAAUUCGAAUGGUGAGACCAAUAGUGUUAUUUCUUCUCUUGUGGGUGUCGAUGAAUAUGGAAUCUUGGAAGACAAUUACGAAAGCGUACACAAACAAAAUAACCAAGACUUUUCACCUUUAAAAAUUGCUGUAUUACAAGGCAAUAUCGCCAUCCUAGAUAUUCUCUGUUUAUUUGGGGCAGAUAUCAUGGCCAAGGAUCCUUCAGGAGCCACACUUAUACAUUUCAUAGCUAAGGAAAAUCAUAAUUAUAUGAGAGGCUACUAUCCUGAAAACUUCGAAAGGGUUAUUGAAUAUCUAAUACACAAGGGCGUAGACAUAGCGGCGGUUGAUAAUUCUCAAUGCACAGCCCUGCAUGUUGCUGUACAUCGUGACAACAGUGUGAAUGAGCUGUUGCCAGUACUUGUCAAUGCCGGUACGCCUAUCAAUGCACAGAAUAAUGAAGGGGAUACUGCUUUGAGUCUUGCAGCCGAGGUUUUCUUCCCAUUUUCUUCGAGAGACGGUGUGGAAAUUCUUUUAUUACAAGGUGCAGAUCCUUCCAUUGUGAAUAACGGUGGUCUUACUGCAUUAGAUCAAGCUUGGAAAUCGUACAGGAACCCGCACGUGGAUAAGUACCAAAGGUGGGCUUCCAGAUCUAUUAUCCAAAGUCUGACUAUAGAAUCACAAGAUGAUUUUGCGGAAGAUAUAUGA